AUGGCUGUUUGGGGAAUAGAAAGUUGGAAUCAUUGCACAAGUAAUCCUAACUGUCGCUGUAUCCCCAGGAGUAACCAGAGGUAUCUAGCAGACUGUUCAAAUCUCACAAUCACACAGGUACCCAAAACUCGACCAGAUGUCGACACUCUAAAUAUAGGACAUAAUAGAAUAAGUCACAUCUUGCACCCGUUCAGUACAACCCUUAUACAUUUAGAUAUGUCUUAUAACCAAAUUCUAAAUUUUACAAACGAUGUGUUCGCAAACUUAACACGCUUAAGAACUCUAAAUCUAGAGGGAAAUCAACUCCAAAUGGACAAAAGCAUAUUCAGACCGCAAAUCUUCCGAGACUUAAAAGCUUUACGUGCACUAAACAUCAAGAAGACUACAAUCAAGGUUCGGAACAACACAUUUCCUGAUAAGAUGUGGAAACAUCUCUUCUCAUUAAAGACCCUCCGAAUUGACGUCUAUUCUUCGACACAAUUUGGUCGACAAUUUCGCUCAUUAACCUCACUGAAUGUUCUAGAUGUAUCAGGCUUUUCGGGGUCUUGCUCGAUAAAACAAAUUGGAGAAAGGUUCUUUGAAAACCUGCCUCACUUGGAGGUUCUGGAUCUGUCCUCUUGUCAGAUGAAAAGCAUUGCAGCAGGUGCCCUGAAGAACCAACGAAAUAUAACGAUCCUUGAUAUUUCAUACAAUAAAAAACUUACAUUUGCAAGUUUUGAAAAUAUAACAAGCGAUUUACAGUUUUCCAAAAUAAAGGUUUUCAAAGCUAACAAAAUCCACUGCACAUAUGGUUUAGGUACUGUGAUACAAAUUCGUGACGUCAUGCACUUUAGGAACACAUCUCUCGAAGAAAUUUACCUAGAGAACAACAGACUAGCUCUUUUCGAAAGAUAUGCUCUCCUCUAUUUUCCCCACACUCUCAGAAUAGUGUCGCUCGUCCAAAAUAAAAUGGCACCUGGUACUUACUUAAUGGAUCUUAUAUUCUUAACAGGGAUGAAAUCACUUGACUUGUCCCUCCAGUUGGCGUCCACGCCCAUCAGCAAACUAGUAGAAGCUUUCAUUUGUCAGAAUCCUAUACGACCUUCCGAUAACACAGUAGAGAGACAUUUCAACAAAUUCAGCACAGAAAAUUUUCAAAUGGGAUAUAAUACCACCAUAACUCUGCCAAGAAAUUUAAGAACUCUCAUGCUGAGAACAAGUGGCAUACGCCUGGAACUGUUUAGGAUUCUUGUCAACCCGUCCAAUCAGUUAUCCCAUGUUCACCUCUCACAGAAUGUCAUUACCAGAUUCACAGGACCCAUUAUAGGAUUUAAUAAACUGAAAUAUUUGGACUUGUCAGAUUGUCUUUGUUCCUCGCUUUCAACCGGGUUUUUUGAUUUUACGACAGCGCUGCAAGUCUUAAAGCUUAACAAAAACAUGUUAGGUUUCAGUCUGAAAGAUGAUUUGGACGGAGGAACCUUUAAGAAUCUGGUCAAUCUUCAAGAGCUAGACUUAUCGGACAACAGAAUACAACAGCUUCCUGAAAUGUUAUUCAAAAAUCUAGGAAAGCUUCAAAAGCUGAACUUAAGCUCUAAUUUCCUGACGGAAUGGAAGAUGAAGAUUGAUAACAUGUGGAACCUGCUCAUGAUUGAUAUCUCAGACAAUGAAAUAAGGCAACUCAGUCAAGACGCCACAGACUCGCUUUACAAUCCUUUUACUUGUUCAUGCCAUUCUCGACAUUUUUUACUGUGGUCUUCCAAAACUCGCAAGCAUAUCUCGGACUUUCAUCAGAUGAAAUGUAAGUUAGACAAUGGAACAAGCUUUGGUUUCCAAGACAUAGAAACAGUUUUACGAUUGCUUGAGAUACAGUGUAAAAAUUAUCAAAUGUUAACAUUCGUCAUUACUUCUGUCAUAGUGUGCUUCGUGACAAUUAUCGUUACUGGGUUAAUUUACCGGUACCGAUGGAAACUGCGGUACUUGUUUUAUAUGACUAAAAACAAAUACCGAUUAGCCAGCCCUAUAUAUCAAGAUACGUUCACGUUUGAUGCCUUUAUAUCAUAUGCCGAUGAGGACAGUGAUUUCGCGGUGCACGAGUCGAUUUCCCAGCUAGAGGAAUCUAGAGGACUGCGCCUGUGCCUCAGCAAGAGGGACUUCCGGCCCGGUACAGAGAUCGCAGCAAACAUUACAGAAGCUAUCACCAAGAGUCGUAAAACAAUCAUAAUUCUGUCUAAUCACUUCCUGAACUCUUACUGGUGUAUGUAUGAAUUCAAUAUGGCAAGGAUGGAGAGUAUUUAUACCCGGAAGGACGUACUGUUUAUGGUUAUGUAUCGACACGUGACUGCUAAGAUGUUGCCUUUAUCAAUGCUGGCCUUGGUAGAAAGUCGGUCCUAUAUGGAGUACCCCGACGAUCCUCAGGGGAACGUCGUAUUCUGGGACAAAGUAGCUGAAACAUGCAAAAAGCCUUCAGAUUAA